UUAAAAUUUAGUUAACACGUGCAUAAACAUUAGUUUUAAUUCGUUUUUUAGAUUUUCUACAAAAUAUUAAAUAAAUUUAUUAAAAAAAAUGAAAAUCCGUAAGAAUCACAGAGUUAAUAAACGUUAUCGUUAUAAUGUUAAUAGAAAAACCCUUAAUAAAACCAGAUCCUCAACGGGUAAAAUAAAAGAUCCUGUUUUAAGCAAACUAUGGGAGGAAAGCAAAAGACCAGGAACAAAUUUCAAAGAAAUGGGUUUAUCAGCAGAUCCCAAUAAAGCAGUGCCUAUACCAAAUUUCAGAAAAGAUCGUUUAAAAAUUACUAAAUUAGUAAAUGGUUUCGUCGAAGAAGAACUCAAUGAGGAAGAUAUUAAACCAGUUGCGAAAAGAGGUCAUGUUGUUAAUGAAUUGGAAGAAAUGGCUAAACAAAAAGCCGAUUCACAAUUAAGAUUACCCAAAGGUGUUGUUAGCCAUUUAACAUACUUUUUAGAUAAAUAUCAAUUAAACUACAAAGCCAUGGUUACAGAUCGUCGUAAUCAUGAUCAAUGGACUUGGAAACAAUUUCGCAUGAAAAUCAAACAGUUUAUGGGUAUACCUGAACAAUUUAACAAAUAUUUGGAAAAGAAAAAUCUUCCUUUGGAUAAACAAUUACCCUGGCCUGAGUAUGAUUCGGAUAGUGAAUGGUAGUUUGCUUGCGUUAAUAGUUUGUAGGAUUUUUAUGUUUAAUAAAAUUUAGUUUAUUAAAAUGUGUGUUUAAACAAG